GUCCACUCGCUCGUCGACUAGCUUAACUGUAGCCGAAUGAGGAAAGCACACGAUCACUUGUGAAGGACGGAGAGAAAUUCAGUCGCCGUUCGCCACACUUUCCCUAUUUAUAACCUCUCAGCGGCGUAAGAUAAUAGUUGGCAGGAAGUUAUCCACUCUCAACGCUCCGGAUCAUGUCUGGGCAGAGGAAAGGUGCUGCAGCUCGCCUGCCUAAAUGCGCCUUUUGUCGAACCAGCCGGGAAAAGGACUGUGGACAGCUGCUGGUGUCGGACAGCCAGAAGGUGGCAGCCCACCAUAAGUGCAUGCUUUUCUCCUCUGCCCUGGUCUCAUCGCACUCGGAUAAUGAAAACAUUGGAGGGUUUUCCGUUGAGGAUGUAAAAAAGGAGAUUAAAAGAGGAAACAAAUUGAUGUGCUCAUCAUGUCACCGGCCUGGUGCUACUAUUGGCUGUGAUGUGAAUACAUGUCGAAGGACUUACCACUAUUACUGCGCUGUAAAGGACAAAGCCCAGGUUAAAGAAAAUGCUUCACAAGGAACUUACCUUGUGUACUGCCGCAAACAUCGAGAUGCGUCUGGAGAUGGCAUUGAAGAAGACGCUGAAGAAGCUGUAGCCAAUGAUUCGGACUCCUCGCUGCCACAAAAUAGAGGCCGAGGAAGGUUUGAGAAGGGAAGAUCCAAGGUUCGUGGACAGUCAGAAGACAACUGCUCCACUUCCUCUCAGGCUGCAGAUGAGGAGACGUCCUCACAUCGGGAGAGGUCCCCACUAAGGGCCAGUCCAGAUAACAGCGGCCAGCGUUGCGGUUUUUGCCAUGCUGGGGAUGAAGAAAAUGAAACGAGGGGCAUGCUUCAUACUGAUAACUCCAAAAAAGUGGCUGCUCACUACAAGUGCAUGCUUUUUUCAUCUGGAACAGUUCAGUUGACUACUACAUCACGGGCCGAGUUUGGGAAUUUCGACGUCAAAACUGUAAUCCAAGAGAUUAAAAGGGGCAAACGAAUGAAGUGUACACUUUGCGCCCAGCUUGGCGCAACCAUUGGAUGUGAGAUCAAAGCUUGUGUGAAGACUUACCACUAUCACUGCGGUGUGCAGGACAAAGCCAAGUACAUUGAGAACAUGGCUCGUGGAAUCUACAAACUAUAUUGUAAGAACCACAGUGGCAAUGAGGAACGGGAUGAGGAAGAUGAAGAACGAGAGAAUCGUAGUAAAGAAAGAGCAGCAAUCGACCACAGAGGAACACCGUCAAUGCAAGUGAAUGGCAAUUAGCGUACAAAGUUUGAUGAUGCAAACAGUAAAACUUGUGAGAGAGCUAUGUGUCUUUAUACGAAAUUUCCGCCGACUUUCAAAGUUGUGGUCUUUAGUUUCCCAUAAACUAUUUUCAAAACCUUGCCUUCCCAAAAUUUGGAUGCACUGCGUUGAGAUUAGGUGAGUUUUUCACACGCUGGUGGUAUCUACAGAGCAUGGACUCCUGCAGACUUGUGAAAAGCCAAAGGUUCACUCUCACAAGUGUUUAUAGACUAUUUUCAACUAUUUGUUCUACUGUCUUGAAUAAGAGCUUGAUAGACUGAGGUUAUAAUUGUUUCCCCACAGACUACUACACAUGAUGAAACCAUAAUCUUCCUUUUCACUUCACUGCAAUGUCACCAGUCUCUUCCAGGUGGUGCUGUUAUCUUUUUUUUUUAAUUUUUUUUUUAUUUUUUAUUAAUCAUAUCUUUAAAAAUCUCAUGUUAGCCUUUCUUUGUUGUGUAAUACAUUUGCUACUGUGUAAUCAUCAUGGGUAAUUUUGAAUAUCUGGAUUUCAAAUAGUCACCAGUCUAUCAAGUUUUACUGGCAUGCACUUGCAUUCGUUCACCCUUUAGGGUGGAUUCUUCUUUUUCUAUUAGGCCACGAAAGAGCUCUGUACAAAGCUCUUCAGGAAAGUUGGCUUGACUUUGUUUGGUGUGAUGUUUCAUGUAUCUCUUCAAAUGUAUCCAACCAUUUUUGGAAAUAGAAAAUGUUUUGUAUUCUAUAUGUUUAUUGAAAAUUGUGGUCUUUUUAUUUGAGUGUUUUAAAAAAAAAAAAAAUUACUUCUUGUAUAGCUGGCAACUCGAUGUUCCGCUUCCAAAAGAAGAAUGUCACACCAGCCCAAGUAUCAUGACGUCACUGUGUAUCUUUGUGAAAUCAGUUAUCAGUUUCACGUUCUUGAACCUGACUGAAAUGUAUCAUGCUCACCUGAAUCAUUCAUUUUGCCUUUUUAGUAUUUUUAAUAAAUUAAUUUGUGCAUUUCCUUUCUUGAAAAUGCACAAAUUGCUGUUUUGCACAACAGUUUUAUUCUUGAGUUCCACACAAAUCUUCUGUUGGUCUUAUCCAAUCCUGCUUAGUGCUAGUAUAAUGAAGCUGUGAACACCAUCAUAAAGUAUUAGGACUUGUGUUCCCAAAAUACUUGAUUCAAAGAAUAACAAAAAGGAAGAUUCCAUAUAUGAAAUGUUUCAUGGAAGAGAAUAAAUUAAAUAAAAUUUCCAUUUUCCCCUCUUGCAAAUUUCAAUAAAAUAUGUUUUUUGAGGCCAGGGAACAAUACACAUGGGCUAAAAUCUACAUAAUUCAAUGAACUCUAAAAGUGCAGCGAGCAGAUGCUGACUUGCAACCACUCAGACAUGG